GGAAAAUUUUCCUUGAUCCAUUACACGAUAAAGAGAACCAUGCCGGCGAAACAGAGGACGCCGAAGGUCAACAGAAACCCUGAUCUGAUCAGGGGAGUUGGUAAAUACUCGAGAUCCCAGAUGUACCAUAAGAGAGGUUUGUGGGCAAUCAAAGCCAAAAAUGGAGGCGUUUUCCCCCGCCACGACGCUAAAUCUAAGGUUGAUACUCCAGCGGAGAAGCCACCGAAGUUCUAUCCAGCUGAAGAUGUUAAGAAACCUCUCCCCAAUAGGCGCACGCCAAAACCUACCAAGCUCAGAGCUAGCAUCACCCCAGGGACAGUGCUGAUUAUCCUUGCUGGUAGAUUCAAGGGAAAGAGAGUUGUCUUUCUUAAGCAGCUUGCCUCUGGUUUGCUUCUUGUGACUGGACCAUUCAAGGUCAAUGGUGUUCCUUUGAGACGUGUUAACCAGGCCUAUGUCAUUGGUACUUCCACUAAGGUUGACAUUUCUGGAGUCACCCUCGAUAAAUUCGAUGAUAAGUACUUUGGCAAAGUUGCUGAGAAGAAAAAGAAGAAGACAGAGGGAGAGUUCUUUGAGGCUGAGAAAGAGGAGAAGAAGGAGGUCCCACAGGGAAAGAAAGAUGAUCAGAAAACCGUGGAUGCAGCUUUGAUCAAAGCCAUUGAAGCAGUUCCAGAGUUGAAGACUUACCUAGGCGCAAGGUUUUCAUUGAAACAAGGAAUGAAGCCACAUGAACUUGUUUUCUAGGUUUCAUAACCUUUUUGAGUUUUCUAGAGUAUCUGUGUCCUGAAGUGUUUUACCUUCUAAAUGGUUGUUUUGUUCUUGUUCACUGACCAGAGACAUACAAUUUUUGGCUUAUACAUUCUCUGUUCUUACGUAUGGCUAAACUAUCGAUCUUGUUUUCGGAUGUGAGCUUUGAAGCAAUAUUUCGUGAUAGAAAUGUUGCUUUAGUUAUGCUAUAUCUGCGUAUGAAAAUGAACACGUAUAUUGAUA